AUGCUUUACGUAUUUCGUGUGGAUAUUGGCGAUACAUAUACAUUCGAGACCGAUCUAGCGUUCAAAGAUGUCAAAACGUUGAAAUCAACAAUCGAACAUAACUAUGGUAUAUCCAAAUCCAAACAAAUUUUGUUGAUUAGUGGAGGAGAAUUAUUAGAUGAUGAUGUUGUUCAAGUUUGUAUGAAGACAUGUGCGGGAACGGAAGAAAAUCCAAUUUAUUUAUUGGAUAAAUCACAUUUAGAACGUUCACAACCGUUACAAAUACGUUGGACAACAGAUAUUCCAACUAUCGAUAAUCAGACAUUGGAACACUGGUUAAAUAUGACGCCAUCAUAUGAAACAGUAAUAGAAAGAGCAAAUACGGCACAAUCAUUCAAUAACUAUGCAAAUCAGAUAGUUCAACGAUGUGUACGUUUUGUUCGUGAACAACAUCAACAAUAUCAAGGAUGGAUGGCUGUUAUUGCAAAUGUUGAAGAUACAUUGUCAAGUUUUUUAUUGAAUCGUGAUUCAUUUCUUCGAUUAUAUAAACAAUAUUUAAUUGAUCGACCAUCUUAUGAAGAAUUACUUAAAAGUAUUCCUCAUACAAUUGAUCUUUUACAAAAAUUAUCUUUACCAACAAAAUUAAUUGAACAAAUGCGUCUUGAUCAUUUACAAUCAUCAACAGCAUCUCAUUCAAAUAUUCAACAGACAAUGACAAGUACAGCAUCUUCAUCUUCAAUAACAUCGUCUGUUUCAGAAACGAGUACAAAUAGUUUACCAUCACCAUCGCAUACACAUCAACAAUCAUUUACAACUCUACUAGGAGGAGAUGGCCACGGACGUCAACAUCAACAAGUGUUUUUAUCCUUAUAUGAAUGGAUUACAGCACAGUUAGCAAAUAUGAAACUUCCAGACAUUGUAAAUGGUUGUGUUAGCGCUUGCACGGAAGAACUUGGUAAUAUAAUUAACAAUGAUAUUAAUAUAUUAGCAUCAAAAAUAUCUAGUAAUGACUUGAAACAUAUGUCGGGUAUUGAAGAACGCUUUAGCUUUUUACAAACUGAAGUAGAGCAAGCAAUAUCAUAUGGACGAGAACAAAAAGAUUGUGCGGAAUACAUGGUAAACCAACGUCAGACAUUAAGUACAAAUAUUCGAAAUCAACGUGAUAUGACAUUAGUUAAGGAUAUUUCUCGUAUUCACCGUGAAAAUUUGAUGGGUAUUGCUAAACGACAUACCAAAUUAAUUGAUAUUGAGAAAAAAAUAUCUAAAUCGAAACAGGAUAUUAUCAAACAAUUACAUUUAAGAUUUAAAAAUAUAAUGUUUUUGCAACGUCAAUUAGUUGACUAUGAUGCAAAAAUCUCAUUAUAUAUUCAUAAAUUACAACGUUUGAAAAAAAUGACACAAUUUUUAAAACAAUUGAGACAAUCACCAUACAUUUAUUUCACAUUUUUAUUCGAAUGUUUAAGACGAAAAGAAUAUUCAAAUAUUUUCAAUCAGUUUUCACAAACUCUUGCUAAAGAAUCAAAAAUUGUUUAUAAUGAUGAAUUGAGUCGACGUGAACAGUUUUUAAAACAGUAUGAUAAUCAUUUCCUGUUUAAUUUAUUUCCCGGUUUAAAAGUGAUACCAAGUUUUUUCAUUAAAGAACCUGUUCAUUUAUUGGAUACAACAAUUCCAAAUUUUUCUUCUCAAGAGUUAGAACGUGUUUUUGACGCUAUUCCAGAAAUAAAAGAGAACAGUACAAUUGCCUAUGCAAAUGAUUCGUCUAUUGAUUUAUCAAAUAUAAUUGAAUGUAUAAAAUUAUUUACUGAACGAGAAUCGUCUCCAUUAAUCACCACAUCUACAAAUGGUACUGCAUUAAUAACAACUAUAAUACCUUCCACAUCAUCUUCGAAUAGUCGCUCAAUGGCUCGUUCUCCAUCAUCUUCUGAUCUUGAAAAUGAUUCCACGCCAAUACAUACUCCAAUUACAUCAAAAUCAGUUAUUGAUGAAAAUACAGUAAUAACAAAUAAUGAAACUUGUACAUGUCCUACAUUGUCAAAUAAUUCUAAAAAUACAGCGGAAUUUGUUCAUGAUAUUAACAAAGAUGAUCGAUCAUUUGAAUAUAACAAAACGUUAGAUAGACAAAAUAAUGAUACAACAGCUGAUGCAGAAAAUGGUUCAACUGUAUUAUCUUCGAAAAGUGAAUAUACACCGGAACAAUUAAAAUCAGAAGAAGAUGAACAACAACUUAUUGAUGAAUCAAAUAAUACAUUGGGUGAUGAUUAUAUUCAAUGUAGUUUAGAUACAGUUUAUUGUUCAACAGAAAUGAAAAAUGAAGAUGAUGUUAGAAUACCAUCAACAACAUUGAAUACCAAUGAUAGUGCAGUACAAACCGAAUCAUUAGAUAUUUAUUCAAUUCAAUCACUCAAACAACUUAAAACAUUAGUUCACUCACUUCAUACGACACAUGAACAAUUGAAAAUAGAUUGUGAUCAAGAUAAAUCAAAUUAUUUAGAUUUUAUUCAAAAAUUUCGUCAUUUAUUUGAUCAUACAAUAGUAAAAUUUAUACAAAAUAUACAAGAGAAAGUUGAUAAACAAGAAGAAUUGAAUGAACAAUUGAAACAAGAAUUAUUAACACAAACAACAGAUAAUGAAACAUUAAAGAUCCAGUAUGAUGUCUGUGAUCAAUCAAAAGUUGAAUUAAAGGAAAAAUAUGAUCAGUUACAGAUAGACUACGAUGAAUAUAAAAAACAAUCAGACAAUGAGACACAUCAGAUUGUUCGUGCAUUAAAUAGUGAUUUUGAAUUUGAAUUAGAAAGAAUUCGAACUGAACAUGAAUUAACAAAAACCGAAUUAACUUUUCAAAACGAAAAAUAUGAUAAGUUAAUCAAUGAAAUGAAUUCUGAACAAACACGAGAGAAUGUCAUUCAAACAUCGAUACAAACAGAUACAAUUGAAGUGAAUGAUAAAGAAACAAUGGUUGAAAUUAAAAGUAAAAUAUUUGAUAAUAUUGAAACACAAACGGUACAAAUUAUGAACGAUGAUAAAGAAUUACAAACAAGUUUUACGGAACAACAAAAUAAAGUACAAGAUGAACACAAACAAUCGAUUGUUCCUCUUCCAUCCACGUCAAUGAAAGAACAACAGAUUCAAUUCAAUCAAGCGAUUCAACGUGCCGUUCAAAAUGCAACAAUUCAAAAAACAAAUCAAAUUAAUGAAUUAGAAAACAAUUUAGAAGAGAAACGUUUAAAGAUACGUAAAUUGAAAGAAUGCAUUAGAAAAUUGAAAAAUUUUUAUACAUUCUCAACAUCACAAACAAAUUUACACACUAAUUUGACACCAAUGGUUGGUUCUCCACCUUCAGCUGUAGCCGGUCUAUCAUCAACACCAACCGAUGCAAGCGAUGGCGAAGACGAUGAGAGUGCCAAUGAUGAUAAUUUAUUCGAUCGAAAUGUAAGAGCGAAACGAACAACAAUAAUAACGGCGAAGGAGCGAUUAAUUUCAAUCGAUGAAAAUGACGGUAGACAAACAGAAGAGGAGAUGGAUGAAAAUUUAGAUGAACAAGGUGAUAAACUACGACAUGCAUUCAUGUCAAGGAGUGAGCCAAUCAAUAUGCCAAGUACAUUUAUUCAACAAAGUGUUAUGAGUAGUGGGUUAGCUGUACAAACAUCGUCUCCAUCUUCAGCGAGUGAUCUACAACGUAAAUCAUCACCAACUUUUGCAGGACUGACAACAUCAUUAGCGGUUACACCGACCAGUUCUACAACCGUGACAAAUUUCAUCGAAUCAUUUGCAUCUUCAUUGAAAACUUCUCCAGUCGAAUAUCAAGGCACAUACGAGCUAUACACCCCAUUUGCUGCCUCACCCGGUACAAGUCUUCCACCAACAGGUACAACACCUAACACAACUAGUCUGUAUGGUAUAAAUAUAGCAGCUGAAUCGUGUUUAAAAGAAAAAUUUUCAAAAGUGUUAGAAUCUACAUCAUCUGUUACUCUCGCCUCGCCAUCUGUGCCAACGGCGCCGUCGUUAAUAUCAUUUUAUACGGUUAAUCGUUCAGACAAAGUUAUUGUGUAUUAUGAACAAAAAUAUCAACAAUAUAUUAUUUAUACUCUUUUACCAACAUUACAUUUUGUUCAUUCGGACUGUUACGAACUCUUACAAAUAAACAAAAUCGUUCCACAGAUACAAGAAGCAGCAGCAGCAACAACAACAACAGAAGACACCGAUACAUUAGUUAAUAGCUCAAUCACACUCACGUCGACAUUAGCACCUAGUUGUCAACCAAUAUUAGGACAAGUAACAGAUAAAGAAUAUUGUCAAGCAAAAAAGAUAAAUAAUCGUUUCAACGUGCCAUUAGGAACGAAAUUUUAUCGCGUAAGGGUUAAGCCGUGGAAACCCGGACAACAAAAUAUCAAGAUGGAUUCUUGA